AUGAGCAAUUAUGGUCGCGUCUUUCUGGCGCGUACGAAAGACGCCGCUGCGAAAAAAUUUGAACACUUUUUGGAGUUCUUUGAACGGCAGUUUGAGUGUCGUAUCACCGACCUCAGGACUGACAAAUGCGGGGAGUAUCAGACCGUAGACCUCUUCUGCAAGACCACAGACGUCCAAAGUAUUCGACCUACAUCCUCAACAGAAGUCCCACCAACUCGAACUCGAAGCGCGCAUCGCUCGCUACUCGAGGUUGUGACGGGACAGGCGCCGGAAUCGAGAAACAUCGUCGUCUUUGGGUCUUACUUCACUGUGUACCGUGACCCGGUAACGACCAACUUCGCGCAUCGUGCGCAGGUCGACUCGAUCCUAGGAUGCAGCAACGAGACGAUGGGGUUUCGAGUGUAUUUCCAGAAAGACAACAAGUUUAUCACCACUCAGCACGUGCAGAACAUCGAGACACUGAAUGAAGCACAAAAUCGGCAGCUGCAACUCGAGCUCGAUGAUGAUGAUCGAGCAGAUGCUGAUGAGGGUGCGCUAGAGCAGCCGAGGAGACAGCAUACCAGCAAGUCGAAGCAAAAGAAUUAG